AUGGAUACUGAAUGUCCCUUAUGCUUCAAGAUAUUCCCCAGGUCUCUUUUAGAGCAACAUGUCAAUAAUUGUUUGGAUUUACAAGAUAGAAAUACAUCAAGCAAGGUGAAAUUGUCUACAAAACAUGGUAAAGAAGAAAACGAUGAACCAGAACUUCAAAAUACUGAAGCUUCAUCGAGACAGAAAUAUGAUGUGUUCACAUCUUUAGGGAUGAAGAUGGACUCUUUUGAUUCGAAAAAGAAUAAGGCUGAUAGUAAAACUUCGAAUUAUACCAAGGAUAAGCCUACACUUACUAGCUUACUAAUAGCAGAGAAGAGAAUGAAAGGCUAUGGAUCAGGAGAAAAGAAAAUCAAAAUAGAAGAAGAAAAAUUAGACGCUGCCACCAAAGCAGGCUUUAAUAAACGGGUUAUCGUUGACGACGAUCAAGAACAACCAAACAAGAAAGCUACUUUUUCUCAGGAAACUGAAAAGAAGGUGGGUGUAGAGAAGGCUCAGUCUUUGAAUGAUGGUCCCAAACAAUCAAUUGCUUUGACUAAGAAUCAAGAAUUUAUGAGAUUAAAACGAGAAGCUGAACUUCCUUUGGCUCAGAGACUUAGACCAAAAAGUUUAGACGAGUAUUAUGGACAAGAGAAGCUAGUCGGUGAGAAUGGAAUUUUGAAGAACAUAAUUAAAUCGGAUCAAAUACCGUCCUUUAUUUUAUGGGGCGUACCAGGUGUUGGAAAGACUUCGCUUGCCAGGAUAAUAUCACAAACUUCGAAUUGUAAGUUUUUAGAAGUAUCUGGUGCUGAAGGCAAUGCUAAGCGGCUAAGAGAAGUAUUUACCAUGGCAGAUAAUGAAAGAAGGCUUACAGGACGAAAGACUAUUCUUUUCCUUGAUGAAAUACACAGGUUUAAUAAAGCUGUUCAAGAUUUACUUCUUCCUGUAAUAGAGAAGGGGAUAGUUACAGUCAUAGGAGCUACCACAGAGAAUCCAUCUUUUACCCUUAAUAAUGCGUUAUUAUCCCGUAUGCAUACCUUUAUAAUGGAACCCUUAUUGAAGGAGGAUAUAGUGAAAAUAAUUAAUAGAGGGUUGUUGGUUGUAAAUAAGUCCAGAAAGUUAGUCUUUGGGUUGCACCUAAUUGCCUUGGACAAAGAUGCAAUAGAUUAUAUUGCAUCUUUGAGUGCAGGUGACUCUCGUGUUGCAUUAAAUAUUUUAGAAUCAAUUAAUGCCUAUCUAUCAAGUGUCCAAUACUCUAGGUUCUCUGAGUACGAAGAAGGAGAGAAAAUAAUUCAAAUACCAAAAACAUUAGGAGUAAUCAAGGUAUGCUUACAGAAUUUAAAACCUUUGCUAGAGACGAGGAAUUACCAGAAGAUGUAUGAUAAGCAGGGUGAAUCUCAUUAUGAUACUAUAAGCGCUUUUCAUAAAUCUGUCAGGGGUUCAGAUGCUGAUGCCGCAGUAUUCUAUUUAGUUAAGAUGCUCGUCGGCGGGGAAGACCCAUUAUUUAUUGCCAGAAGAAUGAUUGUUAUAGCAAGUGAGGAUGUAGGGUUGAGAGAUAGCUCAUGUCUACCAUUUGCGAUUGCUACGAAGGAGGCUUUAGAAUUUGUCGGAAUGCCAGAAGGUGAAAUAAUAUUGGCCCACUGUGCAACAAAAUUGGCGAGGGCUCCAAAAUCAACAAAGUCGUACAGGGCAUUGCGUUCGGCACAAUCUUUAUUUAAAGAAAACCCUAAUACGACAUCAAUUCCAAUACCAUUACAUUUAAGAAAUGCGCCAACAAAAUUAAUGAAAGAAUUUGGUUACGGAGAUGAUUAUAAAUAUAACCCAAACUUCACUCAUGGGAAAGUAAAGCAAGACUACAUGCCCGAAGAAUUAAGAAAUGUAAAAUUUGUGGAAGACACUCAUUUGGGGACAGCCUAUGACCCAUUGGUUGACUCGUAUGAUUAUGAAAUGUUGCUGCAGGAAAGGAAUGAUUAUUUAAGGUUCAAACGAGAAUGGAGAGGAGCUAAUAAGAAUUCAGGUAAACCCCUGGGAAAUAUAGAAAGAGCACAACAAAAAUCAAGGAAAAGGGCUACAAAAGUUAGUAUCGACCCAUUUAAUCACGAAUCAAAUUCAAAUAAUCUAGAAGCCAAUAAUACGGAGAAAGAUAUUUGUAAAGGGAAUAAUGAGCCUCCUAGAUAUUCGUAUGAUGAAUUUUUAAGUAAAGAAGAUCAACCAGAAUAUUUUGAUGGGGAGGAAAUUGAUGAAUAUUCUGACGAUCCGAAUUGUAGCCACAACUUUGAGUGCUCCUAUGAUGAGUUUUUAAACAAAGACGACCAACCUGAAUAUUUUGAUAGUGCGCAAUGUGAUGAAGAUUACCCUAUUUUUUAUGAUAACGAACAAUAA